AAUUGCAAAGAAAAAGAACGGUUAAGAAGAAAACCAUCUGCAUCUAUACCACUUAAGCAAUCAAUGAACAAACCUCAAAAAGCGUCAACACUAGUGCCAGCGAAAAUUCCUGAUGUAGAGGAGCAGUACACAGAGUAUGAGGUGGUAGAUGCACCAAUGAAACCAGCUGUUGCUGAAGUUGACAAAGACGGAAAGAGAAGGCGUCGACGUACUAGGAUUUAUGACACACUUGCUGAUACGGAUCGACCAUCAUCCGAAACCACGGGAUAUUCAUCAACAAAGACCUAUGAAACCGUGGAUGAUACCACUACUAAGAAAAAGGAUGGGGAUACCGUGCAGAAGAAGAGUAAGCCUAUUGAGGAGAAGUCGACAGCUGAUCAAGCAAAGGCUGAUGCUAAACCAGUAGUUAAGAAGGGUAAUCAGAAACCAUUGAAAAAAUCUUCAAACAAGGAGAUAAUGGCUGAGAAAAGUAGCGCUGGGUCUUCAACGCCUGUUAUUAAGAAAGGGCCAAAGACGGUUGUAGAUCAGAAACUCUUAGCCGAUCAGAAUGACGUCAAGCCAGAAAUAACCCAGAAUCCAGGAGAAGAUGUGGAUGAUCGGAAGCCGGAAUUGACCCAGAAACUAGAACAAGAUGAUCAAAUUUCACCUGAGCGAAUGCUACAGAAGCUUCAAAAGCCAAGGAAUGAAACUAAGCAGGAAGCAGACGAGCCACCCAAAGCAGUUGCAGGAAAUGAUGCUUGCCGGAAGCUUAGUGUUAAAGUUGCUCAUAAUUAA